AUGCCGGCCAUCUGCAAGGCGCAGACAACCAAGCAAGCAAAAGCGUCCUUCAAGGCUCGGGGCCGGCCCUCGCUCAGCGACGCCGAACAACGCCAACUUGUGCGCGCCAUCGAGCUGGAAGAGCGUGCAGAACGCUCGAAAGAGGCAGAGAAACGAAGAGCCGAAGCCGUGAGGAAGCGGUCAGAGCAGGGGAAGAGGGACAAAGCUGAGCGAGAGAAGAGCCAGCUCUUGAGCCAGAGAAGAUGCGACAAGUUCGGGUUCAAGGCGAGCCAGUUUCAUUUGGGCGCCUUCUUCGGCAAACCAAUGGCUGAAGCGACGAGUGGCAAGGUGCAAUAUACCGCUCAGGACGAUGUGUACGAAGACGAUGGUCUGGACGAUGAGGAGCUGCUUGAAGCCCUGGAAACGGCCAACUCGAACAAGUCACAGCCCCAGCCAAAACAAGUCCCUGAAUCAGACUCUAUGUUGAUGCCUCCGCCCCCUCGGCCACAACCUGCAAUACUGAAGCGCUCAAAUACAGAACCCACCCCUAUCAUUGAUCAAGAUCUCAGCAACUUUUGGGACGACCUCGAAAGCAGCACUCAAGUCGCUCGCGAGCUCAACAGCAACAGCCCGAACGAACAACAGACUCCUGAGCCCAAGGCAGGAUCUUUCAGCUCUGAAGACUUUGAUCUAACUGCCGAAGACCUGGAUGAACUCGAUCCACCGAGACUUGCAGGGCGGACGACUGAGGCGAACGCACAAUCUGCAAAGACGUCCCACAACCUUCCCAUGAAAGCUGCGAAAAAAGCGAUGCCACCACCGUCGCUUCCUGCAAAACGUGUGCAGAACAAGAUGAGAACGCAGAAUGCGAUUAGAGGUCCCUUCUUGCCGGCUUCGUCUUUGUACUGCUCUCCAGAACUUGGAUUCACGCUGACGCAGCUGGAAAACUUCGUCGAGGACGAUCUACAGCUUACACAAGCGGUACCUGGAUGA